AUGAGUGGCAGACCAAAGUUGAGAAGGGGUGCGAGAUUUUUCAGGGGUCGUUCUGAAGAAGCCAGCAGCAGCUCCAGCAGGAGUGCUGAGCUCUCAGAGCAGGAAAACCCUGAUUCCAAUGGGUUAACUCGGUCACCGAAGCUUGUCAUGAGUAUGGUGUUUAUACUGACUUUUCUUCUUCUGGGAUUUAGAAAUCACGUGAGGCUUAAAGAAAAAGAGUUUCCUCAGAAAUCCAGACAAUUUUUUGCAGUAAUUGCAGAAUAUGGUUCAAGGCUUUAUAAUUAUCAGGCCAGGCUUCGAAUGCCCAAAGAGCAACUGGAACUUUUAAAGAAGGAAAGCCAGAUUCUGGAAAACAACUUCCGGGAAAUUCUAUUUUUAAUGGAACAAAUAGAUGUUCUAAAGGCAUUACUUAGAGAUAUGCAGGCUGGUCUGCACAAUUACAGCUGGAACACCGAUGGAGACCCCACUGGAGUCCAGGACCACCCCGAGGUCAUCGACGAGGAAAUGUCACACUUGGUAAAUUACAUACUUAAAAAGUUGAGAGAAGACCAAGUCCAGAUGGCUGAUUAUGCCCUUAAGUCAGCAGGAGCCUCUGUCAUUGAAGCUGGGACCUCAGAGAGCUACAAAAAUAAUAAAGCAAAACUGUACUGGCAUGGGAUUGGGUUCUUGAAUUAUGAAAUGCCUCCAGAUAUUAUUCUUCAGCCGGACGUCCAUCCUGGGAAGUGCUGGGCCUUUCCAGGUUCCCAGGGUCAUGCCCUGAUCAAACUGGCCAGGACGAUCAUACCCACCGCUGUUACCAUGGAGCACAUCUCAGAGAAGGUGUCCCCCUCAGGAAACAUCUCCAGUGCACCCAAGGAAUUUUCUGUCUAUGGCAUCUCAAAACAAUGUGAAGGAGAAGAAAUUUUCCUAGGCCAGUUUAUAUACAACAAAACAGGAACUACUGUUCAAACAUUUACGCUCCAGCAUGAAGUUUCUGAAUUCUUAUUAUGUGUGAAACUUAAAAUCCUCAGCAACUGGGGACACCCCAAGUACUCUUGUUUAUAUAGAUUCAGAGUUCAUGGCACCCCAAGAGAUGACACCUAGAAGAACUGGUGCCCGAGGGCCAAAAUAGUCAAGUAUUUGGAUUCUCUUAGAUUAUACUGCAGCCUUAGGAAUCAAAAAAACACCAGGAUUGGGAGAGAAACUCAAAGCGGUUCCUACCUGCCAGUAAAAAGUGCAUGAAUUUUACUAAUAAAAAUAUGAAACUAAAUUCAAUAUCUCUGUGUUA